UGUGAAGGAGGAACGGUAAAGUUGCGUGGCAGUCCGUCAGUGUUUAGAGUCCGUCAACUAUGGCGGAGUACGGGAAUUUAGUGCGGAGGGCAGUGGGCCAGCUCACCGGUCACGGCGGUGUUAAAGGCUUCCUGCUGCAACUUUUUAGGGUGAAUGAUAUCAAGACUGGAGCCUUGGUGGGUAUUGACAAGUAUGGCAACAAAUACUACGAGGACAACAGAUACUUUUUCGGCCGUCACCGAUGGGUGAUAUACACCACAGAGAUGAACGGCAAGAAAACUUUGUGGGAUGUUGAUGGCAGCAUGGUCCCUGCCGAAUGGCACCGUUGGCUGCACUGCAUGACGGAUGACCCUCCCACCACUCACCCUCCAGAACCCAAGAAAUUCUUGGCUAAAGUUCAUCAGUUCAACAACAGUGGCACACCUAACUGCUACGUACCCUAUUCAACCACCCGCAAGAAGAUCCACGAGUGGGUGCCACCAAAAACCGGGGAGAAAUAAUCCCCUCAUCCUAUUUGUGUUCCUUACCACCUUUGACCAGUUCUGCUGUUUGGAACAUUCUGUAAAUUGUAGCUUCAUGAUCAUUAAUAAAUUAAAACAAAUGUU